UAAAUAUUUAAUUCCUUCACUGUACUUAUUAUUUGCGCGCGAUAGUCAGAGUGAACACUGACGAAAGUAAAAACAAUAUUCAUUUUUUAUUGAUUAAAUAGAGUAUUAACUACUUCACAGAUUGAUUACUAAAUAAUGUAUGAAAUAAAGGAUAAAGUAGUCUUGGUAACUGGAGGUACUGGUGGUAUAGGAGCGGAGGUAGUCAGAAAAUUUCUGGAAGAUGGCGCUAAACAUGUCGCGUUCUUGGAUAUUAAUGAGAUCAGAGGGAAUAAAAUGGAAGAAGAGUUAAUUGCAAAAUAUGGUGAAGAAAAAGUGAAAUUUCAUAUGUGUGACAUAACUACAGAAGAUUUAUCUGUUGCUUUUGAUAAUUUGGUUAGUCAAUUCAAAUACAUCGAUAUCGUUAUCAACGCUGCUGGCCUUCUCAAAGAUACAGCUUAUGUCAAAUGCAUUCAGGUUAAUGUAACAGCUUUGAUAACUAGUUCCCUGAAAGCAUAUGAUUUAAUGCGUAAAGAUCGUGGUGGAAUUGGAGGUACUAUCAUAAACGUGUCCUCAGUUGCAGCCCUUAUAGACGUACCGACGGUGCCAAUCUAUAGUGCCACGAAGAGUGCAGUUUUGAAGUUCAGUAAUUGCCUUGGGAUGGAACAUGUAUUUAAUAGGACGGGUGUAAGAGUAAUCACCGUGUGCUUUGGAUUAACCGAUACAGAAAUGGUGGCUUUCAACCGAAUCGAACCAUUUGAUUCCGAAAUGAAAGACCUUUUAACAAUAAUGUCAAGUGGACCAAAACAAACGUAAGUUGGAAUAAAAAUAAUAUUAACUAGUAUAUAGGCCAUUUUAUGAUUGCAAUGUGGUCAGAUUCACAAACAUAUAUUAAAGUUCAAUGUUGCCUGGAAG